AGACAGUACAAAAUUCACUCCGUAGCGGUCGGACGUGUUGAGCUUAAAGCUUAUUUUUGUGCGUAACUUUGAUAUUGUGUAUUACGUGUUGUGUUUUAAAAAAUAUUGUUUAUUUUAUGUGAUUUGUUGUGGAUGUUUUAUGCCCAUUGAUCCUCAAUAAAAGAAAUGGGCGGUCAUUUCCCCUCAUGAGAGAAUAGUGCAGAGGAAUGGAUGGACCGUAGGAUGCGCGUCUCUUCGGCGCUCUUAAUUUUCAUCGCCACAUUGACUGCUAUAGCUGCCUUCGUGCCUGGAGCUGAUGGUCCAGUGUCAAGGCAGGAUGCUUUGGAAGGGGGGAACACCACGUUGUUUUGUGACUCAACUCCAGAUACGUCUGAUGAUGAAUUAAUGCUUCUUGUCUGGUAUAAGGACAAUGCACCAAUUUACAGCUAUGACGCCCGUACCGGCACUAAAUGGUCGAGUAUCUCCUUCAACACCAGCAACAGGCUGCAGGCGGAUAUACAACAGCAGCCCACCAGCCUCAUGAUAACUGACUUGAGGGGGGAUGACCAGGCCCUCUAUCAUUGCCGUGUGGACUUCUUACUAGCACCUACCAGAAAUGUUGGCGUAAAUUUAACUGUUAUUGUGUUACCAAGUCAACCAUUUUUUCUGGACGAAUUGGGGAACAAAGUUGAGAAUAAAAUUGGCCCAUAUCACGAAGGUGACACUUUGGUGUUAAGUUGUCUCGUUAUUGGAGGUAGACCUCCACCUCGAAUUAGUUGGUACUCCGGCGAGGAUCUAGUGGACGCAUCAGAUGGUGUCAGCGACAUACCUGGGGUGAGGGAGAACGAACUCUAUCUGCCUCUCACUCGGGACAACGCCCGGUCUCUCUCUUGCAGGGCCAGCAACACGCAUCUAACACAACCUGUGAUAUCUGGUCUUAAGAUUGAAUUAUAUUUACCUGCCUUCAACGUGUCAAUACACUGGGUUCGUGGAACCAAUGGUGAUGCUUUGCAGGCUGGCAAAACUGCGGUCGCAAGGUGUAUAGCACAUGGGUCCUACCCAUCUCCGGAUAUUAUUUGGUGGCUGGACCACCGACACUUGUCACAACACAGUAAUCAGAGCGUCAUUAACUCAUCCCGUACGGCUGUGUCGUAUUUAGAAUUAACGCCAUCUGUCGGCGACCACGGCGCAACGCUUGCUUGCAUCGCAACGAACAGUGCUAUGGCGCCCGAUAGAAAUUCCAAAGCUGAUGUGGUUGUGUUAAAUGUUACUUAUAGUCCAUUAGUGGAAGUAAUAAAAGAUGGAGAUGGAAGACUGAAUGAGGUUUCAGAACUGGACACUUUGCAUUUGACAUGCGAGACGAAGGCUAACCCACCGGUUAACAAUUAUACAUGGUAUUUUAAUAAUAUAGAAAUAAAACCAAACAGUAUAUGGGGAAGCCAAACCAAAGCCCAGAGUCUGACAAUAGUUGAGACUGAGAGAAAGCAUGCGGGACAAUACUCAUGUGCAGCCGCGAAUGGCGUCGGUGAGACCAGAUCUGAAGCGAUUAGCAUUAUUGUUUAUUAUCCUCCAGAAUGCAAAAAUAGCGGGAUCACAUUGGUCAAAGAAACUCUGAAAUGCAGCGUACGUGGUUUACCGGAACCAGAUACGUUUUUCUGGCACAUUCAAACAUCUGGCGAAGAUGUACAGCACCUUACAACUGGCUCGCCCAUUCUGCCGCUAAGCCAGCUUACGGGAAGCCUUUCAGGGCUUCUGGAUGCCAGUUGUGAAGCUGGUAAUGGCGUGGCAUCCCAGGAGAAGCCGUGUAAGAAGGUAUUUUCGCUGGAACAGCUAAGACCACCACAACCUCAGCAGUGUGACCUGGCCUAUGAGUAUGAGGAGUUUCAAAUGAGAUGUGUACCAGUGGAAAACGCAACCUACUAUGAAGUAUCAGUCUGGAGAAUAUCCACAUCCAACGCCUCAAUGUACUUGGAGAAGCGUGGUUCUAUGGGAUUUGGAGUAAGCCAAGCGCUGGCGCAAGGCAAUGGAGUUCCGUGGCUGGUGAGAGGUCCUCUCGGAAACCUGAAAAUGGGCGACGAAGCUGCAGCAUCAGCAUGCAACAGAUAUGGAUGCUCAAGAGCUCUCCUUUUGAGGCCAACUGAAAAUUUACUAGACGCCGCAGAAACACCCUGGUGGAAAUAUAAGGACGUGGGAAUAUCAAUAGGUGCUCUUCUCCUGGUUAUCGUAUUCAUAACCUCCACGGUACUUCUGGUGCGGCUAAUUCAAAGAUCCAGACGUAAGCCAGUCCCUGUAAUACAGGUCCUGCAGCUGGAUGAUGUCGCAAGAGAUUACUUGGAUACUAUAGGAGAACAUAAAAUCCAUGCAUCGCGAAGUCUUCGAUCCUGCAGUAGUGGAUACUCGGACGGUUCCAACGAGUCGGGGCCCCCCGUAGACCGACGAUCUAAGGCACGACUGAAUUGGGAUUGGGAGCCUCCACCACCCGAUGUCACCUUAACGCUUCACAGGGAAAGUGCUGUUUAGUGAAAAAAAACAUGAAAGAGUUUACAAGGAAUGAAGUGACAAAGUGUAAAAAUAUUUUCCAAGUGUUGAUAAUAUGUCACCGUUAAAUUGUAUAUACAUUCGUGAUCUAUCAAAAUAAAUGAUUCGAUAUUUUUUAAUAAGAGUACAUAUUAUUAUUUUCCUGUAUAUAUUUGUAUAUUGUUGAUUGAAAACGUUUUGUGGCAACCAUCCUCUCUUUUACUGUUUUGUCACUAUUUUUCAGUUCUACCGUACGAUUAAAAUAUUUGACUCGACAUCUACUUUGUCGAACUCAUUGAAGUAUUACAGUUGAAUACAUAAUUUAUGACAUUUCGGUAGUUGGGUACAAUGUACAGUGAGAGAAGCUUGAAUAUGCUACCGUCAUUUUACAUUCUGUACAAAAAAAAGCCACCAUGAAUUGUAUGAUGUAUCUGGACUGUAUCACAGAAUUGAAGACAAACGUAGCUGCCUAUAACAUAACAUCCUUCAAGAAAAGAGCGUACAAAUUCUUAAAAGGCCGGCAACGCUCUCGCGAGCCCUCUAGCAUCGAGUGUCCAUGGGCGGCGGUAUCACUUAACAUCAGGUGAGCCUCCUGCCCGUUUGCCCCCUGUUCUAUAAAAAAAACAUGGCGUUUUGAUGGCAGCUCUUCUACUACCUAUGGCGAAGGUUCUGAGUCAAGACUAGGUACAUUCUCGUACAUAUUUUAUGUACUUAAAACAACGCAUAUCACUGACUAGUCACUCCGUGUGUUCCAACUUUUAAUUCCUUUUCAAAGCUUCUUUUAAUAAUAGUAGAGAGUUGCUGUCGUUGUAGAACUGAACACUGAAUCCAGUGCUUCAAUGCUUUAAAGACCACAAAACUUGGAAAAUUUGUGAUUUUUUUUUCAUAUUUCAUCUUAUAUUUGACAGAUAGUUAGGAUGGGAAAGUGUAUUGUUUAAACGGUGUACGUCAUUGAUUUUGCAAGUCAAGACCACACCGAGCAAAAUCUGAUCUUUCAAGAUUUUUAACCUAAUCAAGUGGCUAAUCUUGUGAAAUAUUAUUAACCUAAAAUGGGUUGGCCCUGGAACCUUGUAAAAUAAUUUAAUAUUUUAUUUAUU